AGAGCUGAACCCUAAAUCGAAGCGCGAGAGAAAGAAGAGAUGGGAAUGGAGAAGGAGGUUCUGAGGGCUGGGACUGGUCCGAAACCGGUGAAAGGUCAGAAGGUUACUGUUCACUGCACUGGUUAUGGUAAGAAUGGUGAUCUCAAUCUCAAGUUUUGGAGCACUAAGGACCCAGGUCAGGAGCCUUUCAGCUUCAAAAUUGGCCAAGGCCAGGUUAUAAAAGGGUGGGAUGAAGGUGUCCUUGGAAUGCAAGUUGGAGAAGUUGCUCGUCUGCGGUGCUCUCCGGACUAUGCUUAUGGAACUGGUGGAUUUCCUGCAUGGGUACAACCUAAUUCAGUUCUACGUGCGGAGUGAUAUCAGGGAAAGGAGUGCAAAUAUCUUGAUAUCCAUUUUAUGUGAUAUCCUAUGUAGCCUGCUACCCAUGGACAC